GAAUGCCAGCCGCUAUUUCAACUCUACAAGGUCGUGUAAACCUUAGUGAGGAAAUUCCCUCAUCACUUACGCUACUCUGAAUGCUCCCUUAGUACACAAAGUACUUUCUGGUAAGACGCGAACUUCUACAGACAAACGUUGAAAUUUGUUUCAUACCUAUGAAUCUAAAUAACGCUCAAAAAGAUGUGAAUCUAGAAACUGGUGAAGAAAUUAAGCGUAAUGAGUAUCGUAAAAUGAGCACGUAUGACUUCGUGCGGCGUGACAUUGAGAAAUAUUUCGCACAUCCGGAAGAAGCGCUCGUAGCUCCUGAAUUAGCUCAACCUCAGCUGCCUAAACCACCACCUGAAUUCGUUCGCAAUGUAUGGGGCUCUGCCGCUGGAGUGGGCAGUGGGGACUUUCACAUUUACAGAGGAAUUAGACGAAGAGAAUAUACUCGUUUAGAAAUGAUUGAAAAAACUGCGGAAGAGGAACGUUUAGAUAGAGAGUUCCAAAUGAAGCAAAAAGCAUUAAAUGAUCUAGCUGCUGAAAAAACUGCUAAGAAGCGUGCUAAGCGUCAAAUGAAGAAAGAAAAACGAUUAAAUAAAAGAAAACUGAAAUCAAAGUCAAAAUCUAAAUCUGGUGAAAACAGCGAUUACUCAGAUGAGCAGUUAGAAAAUUCUGCGCAAACGGAAAGUAGUGAAUUUAAUAAGAUUUGACGGUCGAAUUAUAAAUUUCACAUUAUUGCUCUUUCUAACUCAUCCAUUACAUUUGUACGUAAUACGUUUCCCCUUAUUUCUGACAAGAUUUAUUCAUGGGUAUCCUGUUUAUUUCAGUAAUGCAGUGAGAAGACGAAGGUUAUCAGAAUCAUGUAAUAUAUUUGCGCAAUAUAUUUCAAACAAUGUGA